AUGGCCACUCUCGAAGAUCACAACUACACGAAGAUGGAGAAGCCGCAAAGGCCGCUGAAGCCUAAAAAGCAGGCUGACAAGCUCGGAGAACCAGUGAUUUGGUCCAUUCCGGAGGUCCCGGUAACGCAGCAGCGUAAACCUUUCUUCCAACCGGAGCAGGAUCAGAAGCUGGCGCACACAGGUACUCCUAGGGUCAAUAUUGCGGCGACCUACGAGAAGCCGAACGGCACGACGGAACAUGGUUGGGCGCAAAGGCAUCGUCAUCAAACAGUGCUGCAACAGCAUUGCGAGUUCUUCGAUAGUGACAAAGAUGGAGUGAUCUACCCCCAUGAUACAUUCUGGGGAUUCUACGCAUUAGGAUUCGGGGUCAUUCUCUCAGUUCUUUCGGUCUUCAUCAUCCAUGGCAACUUCUCUUACCCGACAGUGAGCGGGUAUCUGCCAGACCCUCUCUUCCGCAUCUUCCUCGACAGGGUUCACAAGGACAAGCACGGUAGUGACACAAACACGUACGAUACCGAGGGUCGAUUCAACCCGCAGAAGUUUGAGGAUAUCUUUUCUAAGUACGCCGAGGGAAGAGACUACAUGACAAUCUGGGACGUCUUCGCAAUGCUGAAGGGUCAGAGGCUCGUUGCUGAUCCAAUUGGUUGGGGCGGUGCAUUCUUUGAGUGGUUUGCUACAUAUCUUAUGCUUUGGCCGGCAGACGGUAGGAUGAACAAGGAAGAUAUCCGAGGAAUCUACGAUGGCAGCCUUUUCUACACCAUUGCCGCUCGCAGAGCUCAAAAGUAA